AUGUUGCAGAUUGAUGGGUUGUGUGAAUAUGAGAUAACGGAAACAAACCCCCAAAUUCAACAACACAAUGUUAUGCUAAAGAACAACGAUGGAUCACUUGGGUUGGACAUACCCUAUCAUGGUCUAGUCAGCAUCCCACUCGACGCAGAUGUAUCCACUAGAGAUAGAUACCCCCCAGAGUCCUUAAAGGGUGUGUUGAGUGUUCAUAGAAGUUUCAGAAUCGCAAUACAGGCAUACACCCAAAAGCAAAUCGAAGAUCCGCUCGAGCAAGCAGUCCGCGAAGUCAAAGUCAUUAGCCUCCUUUUCCCAAAUGUUCGAGCUGAACAUCUGCGGAUCUGUAUGGCUGCGUGGAUUUGUAUACUAUGCACUGUUGAUGAUUUACUCGAGUCGAUGAGGCCCUAUGAAGCACAGAUUGCUAUCCAGACAACCAUCUCUAUUUUGCAGGGCAACGAGAAAAACAAUGAAUGGAUCUGCGAGGUUUCUUCUAAGGGCGAUGUUUGCUCUCUCAUGUCAUUAUUUCAGAAGCACUGUUGCCAGUAUCUCUCAGAUGCAGCGGCAAAAGAUUUCUUUUGCGAAAUCUGCACUGUGUUCUAUGGCUUCAUACAGGAGAUCAAGUUUCAACAGGGCUACUUGAAACGCGAUAUGCAAAACUACAUGGAGAUUCGAACACGAACAAUCGGAAUUGCACCUUACUUCAGCCUUAUCAGGAGCGAGGUUUUUUCUCCAGAUUAUUAUCCAGACAAUAUUAUGGUUAUGCAGAAAGCGAUAAAUGUUGCAGCGGGUCUUCAAAACGACCUUCUUGGGUUAGAAAGAGACAUGGACGAAAAAGAGUCAAUGAAUGCUGUGCUUGUCGGUAUGGAGGAGCCUAUGAAAAAGGAGGAAACGGAGACACAAAAGCUCGCCGAUGCUAUUACAGCUGUUUGUGCAUUGCAUAACGUCAGUAUUUCGGAGGUGGCACAUAUACAUCAGAGGAUCCUGCAGGGAGCUAGAGAGGAAUCAGAAAUCAUUGUUGCAAACUCUCAGCUCCUCUUCACCGAGACCCAUUUCAAAUGGUGCACGACAGCCAAGAGGUAUAGAACGCAAGUAGAAUAG